AUGGCACCUCCUGGUGUAUGUCAAAGCAUUAUGAAUAAACGAAGCAAAAAGAACGGUUUUGGCAGCCUUGCAAACCCAGAGAUGUUUCUUAACCAAGACUUCCAGCAGUUGAAAAAGUACUGCAUUGAACGUCAAUUAAGAUACAUUGAUGACAUGUUUCCUCCGAACCAAAACUCCAUUGGCCAAGUUUCUCUAUCCCAUUCGCAACUGGCGAGAGUUGAGUGGCUGAGACCAGGGAAAAUAUGUCAAUCCCCGUCCUUUGUUGUUGAUGGAGUUUCAAGAUUUGAUUUUUGCCAAGGAGUAGUUGGUAAUUGCUGGUUCCUAGCUUCAGUUGGAGCUCUAACAUUCCAGAGCCAAAUCCUUCAGCAAGUUCUGCCUUCUGAGCGCUCAUUCAGUGCUGGCAUAUUCCACUUCAGGUUCUGGAGAUUUGGAUACUGGGUGGAUGUUGUCAUCGAUGAUAAGUUACCGACAAUUGACGGCAAACUCAUCUUUGUUCGCUCAAAAACCCCAAAUGAGUUUUGGCCUGCUUUGCUGGAAAAAGCCUAUGCUAAGGUUUGCGGCUCCUACGCAGACAUGAAUGCAGGAACCCCAUCAGAAGCCUUGGUCGAUUUUACAGGAGGCGUGCACAUAUGCUUCCAACUGGAUAGUGCUGUCCCAGACCUCUGGAACACAAUGCACAGAGCUGCACAGAGCAAUUCAUUGAUGGGGUGUGGGACACCCCAGGGGGAGACCUCAGCCAACAACGUCUCAGCCAAUGGUUUAGUGGAAGGACAUGCCUACGCCGUUACUGGUGUCACACAAGUGAUCAGCAAUGGGCAGCCAAUAAAUCUUGUUCGCUUGUUAAACCCAUGGGGCAAUGGAGAGUGGAUUGGCGAUUGGAGUGACAGUUCUGUUUUGUGGCAAUCUAUUAGUGCUGAAGACCGUGAAAUGUGUGUAGAUGUGGCUGAUGAUGGGGAAUUUUGGAUGGCGAUGGAGGACUUCUGUCGUUUCUUUUCAGAUCUUGACAUUUGUUGCCUAUGCCCUGACUUCCUUGAUGGCACAACAUCUUCUCACUGGACGCCCUUGGUCUAUGAAAGCAGAUGGGUUGCAGGGACCACAGCUGGAGGAUGCCUAAACAACCCUGAAAUGUUCAGGAUGAACCCUCAGUAUCGGUUCAGGAUUGAAGGUUCAAACAGUGAUUCUGAGCAGGGGAACAACAUUCUAGUGUCUCUCAUGCAGAAGCCUGAAAACGGAACAAGGCGGCUGAAAAAUGAUCUUUACAUCGGUUUCUCAAUUUUUAAGGUUCCCGAACAAUAUAGGUCAUUGACAGGAAGGUUCCCAGCCACGUUCUUCACAUCCAACUUGGUUGUAGCGCAAACCAAAAAACACCUGAAUUCACGUGAGGUCAUGGAUAUGUUCAAGUUGGCUCCUGCCGAAUACCUGAUUGUGCCAUCCAGUUUCAAGCCAGAUGAAACGGCUUCCUUCAUUCUCAGAAUUCUCUCCAAGUCAGAGACCCAUGCCCAGUAUGCUCAAACUCUCCAUCGACAGUUUUUCAUAAUAAUGUUGAAAAUGCACACUCAGUUUUCAUUACGAUUGCCUUUUUUUCCACCCAUAAUGAGAGAGUUAAAUAAAAAUGAUGAAGAGAGCAGAAGUUUCUUCGAAAAAUAUGCUGAUCAGUUUGAAGAAGUCCAUGCAGAGCAGCUCCAGAAAAUUUUAAAUGAAAAGAUCCUUCAAGGAUACAAGGAAACUGAAGGCUUCAGUCUGGAUGCGUGUCGCAGCAUGGUGGCUCUAAUGGAUACAUCCAUCACUGGCAAACUGAAACGUGAUGAAUUCUUGCGUUUGUGGAGGAAAGUCACCACCUACAACGACAUCUUCUCCCAAAUUGAUCCAACCCGCAAAGGUACUUUGUCCCUGCAUGAGCUGAGAAAGGCUAUAAAGGCUGCAGGGAUUGUUCUGAAGGAUGGUAUGAUGAACCUGAUGGCUGUUCGGUAUGGCACCUCUACUGGAAGGAUUAGCCUGGAGAGCUACAUUAAUCUACUCCUUCGUUUGGAAUGCAUGGGAAAAAUCUACACACAACUCUCGGGAGGAACGACCAUGUCUCUCAGUGAAUCUGAGUGGAUGUAUGUUUCAAUGUACACAUAACCUGAUGAUCAACAAAAGAAGAUGGAUGGAUAUCUUUUUUUAUUUUUUUUUAAAUUAAC